AUGGCGGUGAAGAGCAAAACCCAGAACUCGAACAGCUUCAUCAUGCUGGAGGGCAAGAAAGGAGGGCCGAAGAAGCAGCAGCAGCAGGAACCGGAAGAGGAUAGCGACAUGCUGGACAGCGAGGCGGAGGAGGACGACGAUGAAAUGGAGCUCGAAGACGAUGAGUCCAUAGCCCCGGAAGAUGACGAUUCGGACGAGGACGAAGGGGAGGAGUCGGAUGAGGCGCCGGCGCAGGUUCCGGCGAAGGGCAACAAAAAGCAGGGAAAGGCCAACAACACUCCCACCAAGGCCAACAAAGCCGGCAAGGUUGCCCCGGCGAAGGCGUCUCCGAAGGUCGGCGGCUCACCCAAUGGCACACAGUCGAAGCAAUCCAUUUCGGAUCGGCUGGCGCGAACCGUUUGCGUCAAGCACCUGAAGCCCACCAGCACCGAUGAGCAUGUGGUGCAGUUCUUCGCCGACGUGGGCAAAUGCAAGUUGGCGAGGCGUGUGCGCAGCAAGGCCCUGGCGAUCGUGAUGUUCGACAAUGCGGGUCAGGUGGAGAAGGCCCUCCGUAAAAGCGGUGAAGCGUUGAAUGGGCAUCCGGUGGUGGUGGAACGGUCCAAGUUUGGUUCAACGACCACCGAAGCACAUAAGGCGAAGAAAAAGCUUCGCACGAAGGAAAGGCGGGAAGCGCGGCGUCUGAAGGCGAAACAGCAACCGGCGGGCGUCAAGGGCGGCAAUCAGAAGUGGCGGAAGCAGAAGGGAAAAGCGGGCGGGGCGAAACCGAAUGCCAACAAGCAACAGGCGCCGAAAGGCAAAAAGGAGAAGAAAUAA